AUGGCUGAUUCCCUUGUUGCACUAGUAGAGCAGAAUGCAGCUACUAGUAUUGCUUUAGGUGGUGCACUUGUCGUUGCAGCAGUUGGUCUAACAGCAGCCAAAGUGCUAAGUGGCAAAACAUCGCCAGCUACGACAGCCUCUAAGAAAAAGAAAAACAAGAGCAAGAGUAAGAAGAAAACAGCUGAGACUGGUGCAGCUGCUACUACUGCUACUUCUACUGCUGGUACUAAUGCUGCUACACCUGCUGAGAAGGAGAGUGUAUCGGAUAUUAAUUUGGAGGAGUUUGUGGAUGAUGGUCCGGACUCAGAGGAAGAAGAAGCCAUUCGUGCAGAAAGACGUAAGCUCAAGCUGAAGCAAAAGAAGAAAAAUGCCAAGGCCAAGCAGCGCGCAGCUGUGAGCUCUUCUGGAAAACCGGUGGUGGACACGGAGAAGGAGAAAGAAAAGGAGAAGAAGAAGAAGGCUGCAGCUGUUGCUCUAAAGCAGGACGCUGAUGAGGGCUGGGAAACGGUUGUCAGCAAGAAGAAGACCUUGAAGGCCAAACAACAGUAG